AUGCGGCAAAACGAGAUAACGAUUCUGGGUCUGUGCCUGCUGCUUUGCCUGGGACUUGUACACCCCCAUGGCUUUGGUGGAAAGCUCGGAGGAGGUUAUGCACCUGUCUACAAUAACUUUGUCCCCUAUCCCGUGGCCCAGCCGAUUCCAGUGGCACAGCCUGUCCCAGUUCCCGUGGUAAUUCCUCAACCGAUUCCAGUGCCAGUGCCCCAGCCCGUGGUGGUUCCCAUUAAGCACGGCUGGAAGGGCGGAUUUGGUGGCUUGGGCGGAGGAUUUGGGGGUGGUUAUGGAGGCGGUUUCGGUGGUUAUCAGAACUUCGCCUCUGCCUCCUCCUUCAGUUCUGCCAGUUCAUUUGGCGGAGGCUACGGAGGAGGCUUUGGCGGUGGCAUUUUUAAGAGACGCUAAAUGUUUUGUUAAGGUACAUUGUUUAAAUAUAUACAUAUAUUUAUUUAA